CCCAAACUUAAAUAACCUGAGCAGAGUGACUACAGAAAAGAUCUACUUCUUGACGUCUGUCCCUCUGUGUUUAUUGCUCCAGCAGUAUGCUGGCCAGCCUGUACAAUUGGUUUUGGAAGGCAGAGUACUGGAUUCCCCCUGGGUUCUCCUGGACUGACUUGGAAGAUUCAGAUGGUGUUACCUACCCUCACUCUAAGGACCUAUGGAUUGCCCUUCCCCUGACCUUUGUCUUAGUCCUUGUCAGAUAUUGCUUUGAAAGGACCAUUGGGUUGUCCUUGAGCAGGGCCAUGGGUGUGCGUGACAAACUCAGAGUCAAGGCUGCCCCCAAUCCCAUCUUGGAGUCCUUUUUCUGGACACAAAGUCAGAAUCCCAAAGAGGAUGAUCUGAGUCACCUAGGCCGUCAGUGUGGUCUCUCAGUAAGGCAGGUCCAACGCUGGUUUCGGCAAAAGAAAAAACAGGAGCAACCAUUACUGAACAAGAAAUUCUGUGAAUCCAGUUGGAAAUUUUUUUUUUACUUCUUUUCUUUCAUUGGCGGCCUCUUUGUCCUCCACAAGGAGCCAUGGUUUUGGGAACCUAGACUGUGCUGGGAGAAAUACCCUAAACAUCCUCUGCAGCCUGCCAUAUACUGGUGGUUUCUCCUGGAGAUUGUCUUCUACCUCUCCCUGUUGCUGACUCUGUUCUUUGAUGUGAAGAGGAAGGAUUUCAAGGAGCAAAUCAUACACCACUUUGUUGCCAUCACCUUGAUUUUUUGCUCUUAUUCUGCCAAUUUCCUGCGUAUUGGUGCCUUGGUGCUGCUGCUCCAUGAUGUGUCAGAUGUCUUACUGGAGGCUGGUAAAAUGUUCAAUUAUGCAAAGUGGAAAUAUUCCUGUGAUAUAACCUUCCUCGUCUUUGCCCUGGUGUUCUUUGUUAGCCGACUUAUCUUCUUUCCAACCAAAGUCAUCUACACUACCUACCAUUAUUCCCGACUCUACUUCCAGCUCUACUUUGGAUUCUAUUUUUUUAAUGGUCUCCUGAUGAUUCUGCAGAUUCUCCAUAUCUUCUGGUUUUCCCUCAUCUGCCGCAUGCUCUUUCAGUUUAUUUUAGCUCGAGGGGUGCAGAACGACAUAAGGAGUGACAUGGAGGACCUGGGCACAAGUGAUGAUCAGUCAAAGAAGGGGAAGCAGAGGAAUGAAAAGUUCCAGACACAUGCACCUUCCCCCAAGCCAGGGGUGUUAGGCAAUCUGGGUUAUGGUGGCUGGCAAGGCAUGUCCCAGAAACAUAGCCUGGACCAACCAGGGGCCUCUGAUUGUCUGCCUGACAAGUGAACUCUGAAUGGCUGGGCUCUUGACUGCUUGAAGACACAAUCAUUAUGUAUAUCUUCUAGCUAUGAUUGAGUAUGGACUCCACAGGAUUAGAACAGAGCAGUCCUAGAGCUUGCGACCCAUCUUUCUGUCCAUCCCCACCUCUGUUGGACCAAAAGGAAAAGGGGAAGGAAAGGGUUUCUGCACAGGUUUUUACCAGGCUUCAUGAUACUCCCAUUGAAAGUCUUUUGUCUGAGUCAAUACCUCAGACUUGCUGUUGAGUCUGUCCUGAUUGCUUAGAAGGCCAGAAUUUGAGCAGUACUGAGGAUGGACUAGAGGUUCUCCAAGAUUUCUGUCCAUCAAGUCUGUUUCUAAUAUUAAAGUUCCCCUAAGAGAUCUAGGGGGUCUUCAGAAAAGUUUCCCAAAGGGCUACCUCCACAUCACCACAAAGGCCGGGAAAGCUUCAGUAGCUAGGUAACCCCUAAGGCAAUGAGAGGGGCCUCGUUUGUCGUUCUAAGGCUGGACAGGGCUGACCAGUCUCAGACUCCUCUCCUCAUCCCAGCCUGGAACUUUCCCACUUUAGACCUUAAGAAAUAAAGGAAAUGGAAUGGAGAUGUGGAACCAUGACUUCCCCUGACUGAGAGAGAACAAUAAAAUUUGA